GCGUUGCCGUACGCAUUCGCCAGACCGCACCCGGAAGCGCUGAACGGGCCCGGACCGGAGCCGGGACCCUCCGGGAUCCCCCCCCGGUAACCCCGGACCGGAGCCGGGACCCUCCCCCCCCUCAGAACCCCCCGCUAACUCCGGGACCCCCCCGCUAAUCCCGGACCGGAGCCGGGACCCCCUCCCUGGAUCCUCCCGGUAAUCCCGAACCAGGCCCGCGACCCCCUCCCGGUAACCCCGGGACCCCUUCGGUAACUUCGGGAGCCCCCCCGGUAAUCCCGGACCAGGCCCGAGACCCCCCCCAGGACCCUCCCGGUAAUCCCGGACCAGGCCCGAGACCCCCCCGGACCCUCCGUUAUCCUCCCGGUAUUCCCGAAUUUUCUUGGGAUUUAACCCCCCAAAUUCCCGGUUUUUGCGUCCCCCCAGACCCCUCGUUAUCCUCCCGGUAUCCCCGGGAUUUAAGUCCCGUUAUCCCCAUAAAAUUCCCGAAAAUUCUCGGGAUUUCCUCGGGGUUUAAGGCCCCAAAAUCCGCGGGAUUUUCUCUCGUUCUUGUCCCUGGGAUCGCCUCAAAAUUCCCAGAAUUUUCUCGGGAUUUAACCCCAAAAUUCCCUCAGCAUUUCCCCAGAAUUCCCGGAAUUUUUCUGGGAUUUAUAACUCCCAUUAUCCCCCCCCCCAAAAUUUCCCCAAAAUUCCCAGAAUUUUUCUAGGAUUUAACCCCAAAACUUCCCCAAUAUUCCUCCAAAAUUCCCGAAAAUUCCCAGAAUUUUUCUCGGAUUUAACCCCGAAAUUCCCUCAAUAUUUCUCCAAAACUCACGGAUUUUUUUUUUUUUUUUCUGGGAUUUAACUCCCAUUCUCCUGCCAAAAUUCCCCAAAAAUUCCCGAAAUUCUGCCAGGAUUUAACCCCAAAAUUCCGGAAAUUCUGACGGGAUUUAAUCCCUCCAUCCCCACCUUUCUCCCCCAUAUUUUUCCCUCAUUUUCCCCCCAAUAUUCCUGAAAUUCCCUCAGGAUUUAACCUCUCAAUCCCCAGAUAUUUUCCCCAUUUUUCCUCCUUUUUUUUUCUCAAUUUUCCAAAUUUUCUCUCCAAUUUUUCCAUUUAUCCCAAUCUUUUUUCCCUUUCCCCUAAUUUUCUUCCUUAAUUUCCCUUUUCCCCCAUUUUUUUCUCUAUUUUAUUCCCAUUUCCCCUCAUUUUUCCUAUUUUUCCCAUUUCCCCUCCCAGUUUUCCCUAUUUUCCCUCCUAGUUUUCCCCAUUCUUUUCUCCAUUUUUCCUUUUUUUUCCCUCAAUUUUUCCUCCUCCUUCCCCAUUAUUUUCCCAUUUCCCCUCCUAUUUUCCCCAUUAUCGCCCCCAUUUUCUUUCCAUUGUUUUUCCAAUUUUUUCUCUUUUUUCCCCUCCACUUUUCCCCUUUUUUCCCCCAUUCUUUCCCAUUUCCCCCCUCCUAUUUCCCCCAUUAUUUCCCCUGUUUCCCCUCCUAUUCCCCCCAUUUUUCCCCCAUUAUUUCCCCCAUUUCCCCUCCUAUUCCCCCCACUUAUUCCCCCCAUUUUUCCCCAUUUUCCCCUCCUAUUUCCCCCAUUUUUUCCCCAUUUUCCCCCUAGAAUUUUCCCCCAUUUCCCCCUAGAAUUUCCCCCAUUUUCCCCUAGAAUUUCCCCCAAUUUUUCCCCCAUUAUUUCCCCUAUUUCCCCUCCUAUUUCCCCCAUUAUUUCCCCUAUUUCCCCCUAGAAUUUCCCCCAUUAUUUCCCUCAUUAUUUCCCCCAUUUCCCCUCCUAUUCCCCCCAUUUAUUCACCCCAUUUUUCCCCCAUUUCCCCUCCUAUUCCCCCCACUUAUUCCCCCCAUUUCCCCCUAGAAUUUCCCCCAUUUCCCCUCCUAUUUCCCCCAUUUCCCCUCCUAUUCCCCCCAUUUUUCCCCCAUUUCCCCUCCUAUUCCCCCCACUUAUUCCCCCCAUUUCCCCUCCUAUUUCCGCCAUUUUUCCCCAUUUUCCCCCUAGAAUUUUCCCCCAUUUCCCCCUAGAAUUUCCCCCAUUUUCCCCUAGAAUUUCCCCCUAGAAUUUCCCCCAUUAUUUCCCCUAUUUCCCCUCCUAUUUUCCCCUAGAAUUUCCCCCAUAUUCCCCGCAUUUUUCCCCCAUUUCCCCCUAGACUUUCCUCUAGAAUUUCCCCCAUUUCCCCUCCUAUUUCCCCCCAUUAUUUCCCCCAUUUCCCCUCCUAUUCCCCGCAUUUUUCCCCCAUUUCCCCCUAGACUUUCCCCUAGAAUUUCCCCCAUUUCCCCUCCUAUUUCCCCCAUUUUUCCCCCAUUUCCACCUAGAAUUUCCCCCAUUAUUUCCCCCAUUAUUUCUUCUAUUUCCUCCAUUAUUUGCCCAUUUCCCCUCCUAUUUUCCCCUAGAAUUUCCCCCAUUUCCCCUCCUAUUUCCCCCAUUAUUUCCCCCAUUUCCCCCUAGAAUUUCCCCUAUUUCCCCCUAGAAUCCCCCCCAUUUCCCCCCAGUUUUUCCCCAUGGAAUCCCAGUGCGAUUACUCCAUGUACUUCCCCGCCGUCCCCUUCCCUCCGCGGGAAUUUUUGGCGGGAGAUUCCUCCGGUUACCGCGCCCUCCCUCGCCGGAACCACCUGUACCUGGGCGAGACCGUUCGCUUCCUUCUGGUGCUGCGCAAGAACCCCGCAAACCCCGACCGGAACCCCGACAAAAACCCCGACCGAAAUCCCGACCGAAAUCCCGACAAAAACCCCGACAAAAACCCCGAGAGAAACCCUGAGGCAACUCCCGCCAACCCCGAGCGAAGCCCCGCCCACUCCACACGAAGCCCCGCCCACUCCACACGAAGCCCCGCCCCCUGGGCCCAGCUCGCGGCCUCGCUCUCGGCGCUCGCCACCGUCACCAGCGGCGACAGCCGGGCCCGCGAUGAGGAUGAGGAGAAUUCCGCCGAUAACCCGGGCGAUUUGGGGAAUUUCGGCCAUGCCGAGGAUUCCCGGCAGCCGCCGCCGCUGUUCCGGGAGUGCCGCGCGCUGCUCACGCACUCGCGGGGCCCCGCGGGCAGCGCCGGGGCGGGGCUCCCUGUGGACGAUCCCAUCAUCUCUCAGGACGAGGUCAUUUUCCCCCUCACCGUGGCCCUGGACCGGCUCCCGCCCGGCACCGCCAAGGCCAAGAUCGUGGUGACCGUGUGGCAGCGGGACACGGAGCCACCGGAGCUGCAGGAGGGGACAGGGCCAGGGCCAGAGCCAGGCCAGGUGACAGGGACAGGGACAGGGCCAGGCCAGGUGACAACGACAGGGACAGGGCCAGGGCCAGGGGGGUACCUGAGGCUGCUCCAGGGCCGCGCCCCCGGCCAGGUGUUCCGGCAGCAGCACGGAGCCUUCAAGGCACAAGUGUCCACGCUGCUGACGGUGCUGCCACCGCCCCGUGUCCGCUGCCGCCAGGUGACCGUGUCCGGAAAGUACCUGACCGUGCUCAAAGUGCUCAAUGGCAGUUCCCAGGAGGAGCUGUCCCUGUGGGACGUGCAGGUGCUGCCCAAUUUCAACGCCAGUUACCUGCCCGUGAUGCCCGACGGCUCCGUGCUGCUCGUGGACGACGUCUGCCACCACUCGGGGGAGGUGCCCGUGGGGGCGUUCUGCCGCGUCCCCGGGUGCCACUCGCGGUGGCCGUGUCCCCUGAGCGCCCUGGAGGAGCAGAACUUCCUGUUCCAGCUGCAGGCGCCCGAGCGGCCGCCCCGCGACGCCAAGGAGGGCCUGGAGGUGCCGCUGGUGGCCGUGGUGCGGUGGUCGACGCCGAAGCUGCCGUUCACCAACAGCAUCGUCACCCACUACCGGCUGCCCAGCAUCCGUCUGGAGCGGCCGCGCUUUGUCAUGACGGCCACCUGCGAGUCCCCGGUGGUGGCCCUGCAGCGCUUCACGGUCACCUACACCCUGCUCAACGACCUGCAGGACUUCCUGGCCGUCCGGCUGGUCUGGACACCCGAGGCCACCGCCGGCCGCUCCCGGGGCUCCCUGGACUCGGUCGUUUGCCACACGCCCCUGACCAACCUGGGCUACUCCCGCAAGGGCAGCGCCCGCACCUUCCGGGUGGCCUUCCAGGCACUGCGGGCCGGGCUCUUCGAGCUGUCGCAGCACAUGAAGCUGAAGCUGCAGUUCACGGCCAGCGUCAGCAGCGCCCCGCCCGAGGCGCGCCCGGUGUCGCGCAAGAGCAGCCCCAGCUCCCCGGCCGUGCGCGAGCUCGUGGCCGGCCUGGGCCGCUCCCAGUCCUUCUCCCACCAGCAGCCGGCGCGCAGCCACCUCAUGAGGUCUGGCAGCGUGAUGGAGCGCAGGGCCAUCACCCCCCCGGUGGGGUCCCCCGUGGGCCGGCCCCUGUACCUGCCCGCAGGUGACAAAGCCGUGCUGGCCCUGGACAAGAUCGCCAAGAGGGAGUGCAAGGUGCUCGUGGUGCCACCCGUCAAGUGACAGCGGGGGGACAACGAGGGGACAACGG